CAAAAGAAUACAUUGGGCAUGGCGUAGUGGAGAAUGCUUUCGCCGAGUACUAGAAAAGUAAUCAGUGUUUGUGACAAAGACUCAAAUAGACAAUUGAUGCCAAACCUAUAAACAAAUAUGAUAAACAUUUUGUUAAUUACUUUUUUGGUCGUGGCUGUACAGUCAGAACCACCUGCAUUCAGAUUAGCCAGUUACUAUGGCAACCACAUGGUGCUACAAAUGGAACCACAUCAGUCAAUUAUCUGGGGAUAUGGAGAAGAAAAUGCAGACAUUGAAGUGAACUUGAAAGGAAAAAUAUAUACAACAACAACAUACCAAGGUGUAGGGAAUAUUGGAUGGGUAUGGAAAGUGACAUUAGAUGCAAUGUCACCCAGUGGUCCAUUCAAUGUUGAAAUCACACAUACCUAUGAUGAGGUAGUUGAAGGUAUAACAUUAGAAGAUGUCUUGUUUGGUGAUGUUUACCUUUGUAGUGGACAAAGCAACAUGCUAUUUACAGUCAGUAAAGUGAAUACUGUUGCACAUGGUGCUAAGCUGUAUUUCUCUGCUGUAUGUUGGUUCUAUGGUAGGAAUCUCUAUGACCAUCUAAAAUAUCCAAUUGGUUUAAUUGCAAGUAGUUGGGGUGGCACACCAAUUGAGGCUUGGUCAUCUCCGGAUUCUUUGAAGGCAUGUAAUAGGACAGAAACUGACUCAAAAAUCAGUUUGUCUGAGAAUAUGAGUGAUAUAUUUGGAUAUGGUGAAGCCAAUACGUUUCCCGGUAUAAUACAGGAUUCCUAUUCAUGUACCUUUCCUGCAAUGAUAGCUGACUGGAGAAACAAGUUUUACAUUGGUACUGGUGGUACUACUGAUAAACUCUUCCCAUUUGGAUUUGUACAGCUUGGUACUGAUAGCACUGAUUCUACAUUGGUUGAUGGCUAUCCUGCACUUCGUUGGCAUCAGACUGCUGACUAUGGUUAUGUACCUAAUGAGAAAAUGCCAAAUGUCUUCAUGGCAGUUGCCAUGGAUCUAGGAGAUCCUAAAUCACCAUGGGGAAUUGUACACUCAAGAUACAAACAAGAUGUCGGAUAUCGUUUAGCAUUGGCUGGAAAAGCAAUAGCAUACAAUGAAAAAUAUGUCAAUUAUUCCGGGCCUUUCCCGAAUGGUAUAACAAUACGUUCACUAGAUGAUGUUGCAAUUGUUACAUAUGACAGUAAACAUAUCCAAGUGAACCACGAUUCAGGGUUUGAAGUGUGCUGUUCAUCUACAAAUAAUUGUACAUACUUAUCAACUGAUUGGUUAGCUGCCCCUAUCACGUCCAUCAUUGGUACCAACGGAGUUCAAAUCUCUACAAAGCACUGUAGUGGUGCUAAAUUGCAAGCUAUACGUUAUGCAUGGAGGGACUGUCCAUGUGUUUACAAACAAUGUACCAUAUAUGACAAAGACAGCAACUUGCCAGCUCCAUUGUUUGUGUUCUCACUCAAAGAAAAGAUAGUAAAGUGGAUCAAUUAAGAGAUUAUAUUUAAACUAUAUUUAAUAUUCGGUACAAAUAUUUUCUAACAUUUAUUAUGUUGUCAUUACUCAGUGUCAUUUUUUAUAUGAAUCUUGUGUAAUUGGUAUAACCAGUUUAAAACGCAUUGUAUGUUUACACAAAGUUAGAACUCUCCCUUCUUUCAGCAUGGUCACUGCUCCUGAGACCAUUACUUCAGUUGCCUUCAUUUUAUGACAAAAUAUUGCAAUUCAAAUGGUCAGUUGGAUCUUGAAUUGAUUUAUUUGUAAUGUCACUAAUGUAAUGCUUUUUAACCUUAUCUAUUUUGAUCACUUUAAAAUCUUGAUACUAGCAUUGGGUUUGUAAGUUUAAUUUCUUUUUGCUGUAUUAUCAUAUGCGAUUAUAAUGAUCUUGUUUUCAAUGAUCACAGACAAUACACAUUUCUAGAAAUUUUAUUCUAUAUUUUCACAUUGGCUGAUAUUGGACCCUUGUGUGACUCAGAUUACACUCAUUGAAACUUGGCAACACUAGACAAUCAAAUUAGAGGUAAAGAAAAUCUACAACCAACACAAUAAAAGACACAAGUAAUUUUAUCACAUUAUGUAAACUAUACACAGUAGCCGGAAAUAUUCUGUAUUGUAUAAAUGAUAAUUUCGAACACUUAACAUAUCUGAGACAUUCAGUUAACACAAGCAAUAAACUGUAAUUUACUAAA